CAAGUCUCUACAACCACCCUCUUUACGUCAGGAAGGGAAGCCAGUGUAUUUCCUCCCGUUCUUUAUCUAAAGGAAGUGCAAAAAUAAGCAUCAGUGACGGAGAGCUCAGGCUUGGACACCUCUUUUUUUUUCUGCCUUUUUGCAGCAAAGUCCAACCAGCUCCAGUCUGGAGAAGUCAGAGGAGAUUCACUCUGUCACCAUGAAGUCCAUCAGUUUUCUCAUCCUGCUGCUGGGAUCGGCCACACCAGAUACAUCACCUGCAACAAAUAUUAAAAUUUCAGCCUCAGUUGUACCGACGGCAGCAGGUACAUCAUCACUGACAGGAACCACCAAAGCACCAACAACUCAGUCCAUCACUCAGCCUCCUGAUACCAUCACGACCACAGACCUAUUGAAAUCUACCCCUACACCUGACAUGACAACUACGGUAAACCCGAACACAAUUACAAGCACCAUAGGGACCAUGAACAAAGAUUUGACAAGCACCAGUCCUGUAACGACAAACUACAGCACAGAAGCUGCUGAAGGUAAAACUGUCUCUCCAGCAGCAAAUUUGUCGUCCCUGGAUACUCACCAAAAAUCCAGUCAAGCCAAGGAAUCGCCUACUGGGAAAAGUGCCGGCUCACAGAAACAACUGUGGUGGAUUCUGCUGCCCGCCAUCCUGCUUGUAGGCGCUGCUGGCCUUUUCCUCAAAUUCAAAAGCAAGAAGGUCCACAAUCACACAGAAACUCUUGACACGGGAACUGAGAAUGCAUCUUUCCAAAGCAGGCCAGAAGGCAGUAAAGAUGGAGUCAUGCUCCUGGGGGUGAAGUCCUCAGGUGGCGAGGAAAACGCAGCAGCUGCAAGAUAAGAGAGGGAAGGCUUCAUAAGUCUGGAAGUGCAUCUGGAGGGAUCGUCUAUCAACUGAUUCUAGGUUUUGAUUUGUGGAGCUAUUUUUGCCAAGCAGGGCGAUCUUUGGAAAGUUGAAUUUGAAGGAGCAAUCUAACAAUAAAGACUCUGAAGGCUGUGAGGUUCUGUGCAUGUUUUGCUUGUAGGAUUUUCUUAUAUGAACCCAUCAAGUUAUUUUUUUUGCCUCUAAAAUGAAUGAUAUGAUUUUUUAUGAUAACUUUGACUUUCUUUAUAAAUUAAUUUACUUAUUUUUCUAAGUUCUGACUUAAUUGACCUUAUAUGGUGAAGGAGAUAAUGUUUCCUUAGAUUAGCUUAGAUUACAACAAACAGGAUUCUGAAUCUAUAAUUUUAUUAUAUGUCCUUUUCUAUGUCUGUUUGAAGCUAAAAAUGAAUAACUCUUAAUGCAAAGACGACACAGUGCUUCCUAUAGAUCAAAGCGUAACAUGAAACAAAAAGUUUUCUUUUUAAUCUGUAUUUUAUAAUGAUAAAAAAUACUUGUAUUUUCAUUUGAUAUUUUGUAUUUCAACAUAAAAGUGUUUUUUUUUUAUUUCUGACUUUUAAUGAGAACAUCCUGCUAAUUGAUUUGCAUUGUAAAGCAACAUGGUUUAUAAUCUAUACAUUUAAAAACUUAUGACUGCUGUAAAUGUCAUUGCUGUUCUCUAAGUUUAGUCAACAAACAUGUUUUCUUUGCAAUGCUCAUACCUCAGAGUCCUGACAUGUUUGAUGCCAUAAAUCACCUUUUUUCUGUUUAUCCUUUAAUCUCAUUGCAGAUUGUUUUUUUUCUUGCUGGUAUUUCAUGCAGAUCAUUGAUUCAGACUGUUUCUUUUUUUGUGUGUGUGUAAUUGGACUUUCUCCACAGUGUUGAUAUAGAAAAUAUGUUUGUUUUUCUUUAAAAUCUGCACGAAGGAUGUUAAAAGCUGAACUACAGCGGUCCAUCACAGUUUCCUCAUUAAACCUUUGGAUAAUGGUUCUGUUGUGCAGCUUCCUUUAAACACAUGCAUCAUGAGGA